AAUGAACGUAUUACUUAUUCUAUAUCUUUCUUAUUUAAGUUUGUGUGCAUCAAAGAAGAACAUACAACUAGAGGAAAUCACACUAGCAAAUGUACCAGCAUUUGAUAUUAAGAAGGACAACUUUAUUCUAGCUGGUGUAUUCAAUAAAACCUGGGAUGGACCAGUUCAUUAUGAUGCAUUAAUUGGUAGUAUGAUUAAUUUACCAUGCAUAACAAGUGAUAUAGGUCUUGAAAAUAUCUUAACUGAAAGAAGUAGGGCAAUUGAACAAAAAAAGUCAUGGGCUAUACUAUGGGUUCAUCAAACAUGGACAAAUGUCAUUGAUCCGUGGUUGGGAGAUGGACGACGUAGUUAUGAUCCUUUACAAACCAACCAAUGGCUUCUGCCCAAUAUGCACACUUCAAUAUAUCAAUCACACUUAUCAAUUGUAGAUAUAGACCCAAGUGAUAAUGGAGUUUAUGCAUGUGUUAUGGUUACAUAUCCAAUUGAACAUGGUUAUUCGCCCGUUUAUUUAAAACAAGCUCAACUAAUGAGUAUUCACUUUGUACGCAUUCAUUCUAAAUUAGUCACAGCACCAGGAUGCCAUGAACAUGAUGGAUUAAAGGAAGGCCAUUGUAAAAGUGGAUACGAACAAUGGACAUUUAAUGUUUAUUCUCCAGCUGGUGGAUGGACAGGAGAUAUAUUAUUUCAGGCACCAUGCAAUGCAGAACUUUUUCUGACAGCGUUAAGUAUGAGUGGAGUAGAUCCAACAUUCUGGAGUGUUGGUUGGCGAUUUGUACCCUAUGGUGAGGUUGAUGAUUCAAAGGUAGUUGAGAUAGGUACAGACUCAAAUAUAAAUUGGACACAUCCUGUUCAUAUAUGUGUUGACAGUUCACCUGUGCCAUGUUUUUCACCCACUGAUUUAAUUGAUAAUGUGACGGAAGUGAAUAGUUAUGAUUUAUCAUCUGCACAUAUUCGUGCUUCAAAUUAUUGGAGAGCUCGUUGGCUUGCCUUAACGGCUUCAAAACAACAAUAUUCGGGUUCGUGGCAAUGUUGGAUUCAAGGAUUAGCGAUUACUAAUCAUCCAGUCAAAACUAAUUUCCCUAUUCGUUGGUUAACAAAUGAAGUGCAUAUGAAAAUAAUACCAAGGAAGCAUGUUUACCGUUGGUGGACAACAAUCGAAUUAUGGCGAGUAAUAGCAUUAAUUAUGGCACCAUUAAAUAUUGUCUUCAUUUUUAUUAUAUUUGUGGUUGGGUGGUAUUCAGCUAAUCGUUAUAAAAAUCAAAUGAAACAGAAAGAAAGAUCAAUCAGUGGUAAAAAGAAACUUCUAUUAAGUCAACAUAUUACAGAUACUGAGUCGACUAAACAAUCACCAGCCGCUUAUUUGGAUAGAUUUCUUCAAAAAUCUGGUAUUCGAUCAUACAAAGAAUAUGCUAUACGCACAAAGAGUUGA